AUGACUGGUUUAAUCGCUGCAAAUCAAUAUAAUUGGAAAGAUACUAAUCUUGCUCUAUUCGGUUCUGAUGUUGAAAGAGCUGUUAAAAAGGAAUCUGCUGAGAAAGAAGCUGCAUGGCAACCUGUACGAAAAGUGACUUCUCCGACACUCAUGGUGUGGCGCAUCAAGAAUUUCAACUUGGAAGUUGUUAGACCUGAAGAUGUUGGGAAAUUUUUCCGUGGUGAUUCAUAUAUUGUCUUGAAUACAGACAAAGUUGGCGAGGAAUUAGUAUAUGAUGUUCACUUCUGGAUUGGAAGAGAAAGCACAGCAGAUGAAUAUGGAACAGCAGCGUACAAAACCGUGGAGUUGGACACCUUCCUUGAUGAUAAAGCAAUACAACAUCGAGAAGUUGAUGGAUUUGAAUCGGAAUUAUUUAAAACUUAUUUUAAUAAUUUUGAAACUUUAGCCGGUGGUUAUGUCAGUGGUUUUAAUCAUGUUCAACCGAAUGAAUAUAAACCACGCCUACUGGUAUUUCAUUCAAUUGAUCGUCAGCAUAUGGAGCUACUUGAAGUACCAUUUUCAAGACGUUCACUUGAUUCAACUGAUGUAUUUAUUUUGGAUAUGGGUAGUGAAGCAUUCCAGUGGAAUGGAAGUGGUUCAAGUAAAGAAGAAAAAUUCAAAGCCAGUCAAUUUCUACAACAACUUGAAUCUGAUCGUAAUGGCCGAUGCAGAACUGAGGUGAUAGAUGAAGAUGAUGCUGAAGGACAUAAAAAGUUCCUCAGUUAUCUACCAGAUGUUGAAAUCCCAGAAAAAGUAAAGAAAGAAGUGGGCAAUAAAGCGAUUUACAGAGUAUCAGAUGAAAGUGGUAAAAUGGAGAUUACGCUUGUGUGUGAAAAUGCACUGCCCAAGUCAUCUUUAUCAUCAAAUGAUGUCUUCUUGAUUGAUACUGGUAGUUCUUUGUUUGUUUAUAUUGGAGAGAAAUGCAGUCGACGUGAAAAGUUGGAUGCUUUAUCGCAUGCACAUGAGUAUUUACAAAAGACCAAUCAUCCAUUUGCUCCAAUCACUGUCGUGUCAAAUAAUCGUCCAUCUAAAGAGUUGGAAAAAGUAUUGGAUCCUGGAAUAAGGACAAGUUGUUCAGAAGGUUGUCAGUCUCCGUAG